GGACCUCUUCAUAAAAACACCCCUCUCUCCCUUCUAUAUUUCUCCUUCUCGAUUCCUCCCUCUCUUGCUCGCCGUUACUUCAUUCUUAACCCUCUUUUUCUCCAACUUCACUUCCGAUUCAAAGGUAAUGAUGAAGAGCUCGGUGUCAGAUCGGAGCUUGUACAUCGAGAGUGAGGAAGAGGAUGAGGUUAACGAGGAGGAGGUGGGGAAUAAGAUACCGCCGGACGACGAAUCGGAUGGCUCCGAUUCGUCCUCCGUUGCUAGCCCGCGGCGCAGCAGACCGAGCUCGUAUAACACUACUUGGCCUCAGAGUUACAGGCAGUCCAUUGAUAUGUAUAGUAGUGUUACCCCACCAACCAUUGGGUUCUUGGGCACACCCACAUUGAGCAGACUUGGAAGUUCAUUCAUCACAUCAUCCUUCCAAGGAAAACACACUCCAGAGAUUAUAUCAUCCUUGAUUAAGCCCUUAUUACCAACCAGAGUUGAUGAGCAAGAACAACAGAAAAGGCAAAGCUCACACUCACUCCUACUCCCUCCUCCAAUACCAUCAAGAAGACCAUCUUUAAGGAAACCCAAGGAUGAUACCAAGCUUUCUAAGGUCUCUCAUGAGCUGCCAAUCUCUAGAAAUUGCUCCUUUGGCCAAGCUGUGAUUAAUGGAAUAAAUGUUCUUUGUGGAGUUGGAAUUCUGUCAACACCAUAUGCUGUAAAAGUGGGAGGAUGGGCAGGACUUUCUAUACUGUUCAUCUUCGCUGGUCUGUCCUAUUACACUGGCAUCCUGCUGAAACAUUGCCUUGACAGUGAACCAGGCCUUGAAACAUACCCAGAUAUCGGCCAAGCAGCCUUCGGCACCAAAGGACGCUUUCUAGUAUCUAUCAUCCUUUACUUGGAACUGUAUGCGUGUUGUGUGGAAUACAUUAUACUAGAGAGCGAUAAUUUAUCAUCUUUAUUCCCCAAUGCACACCUAACUAUAGGAAGUAUGCACAUCAGUUCUCAUGUGCUCUUUGCUGUGAUGACUACUCUUAUAGUGCUUCCCACAACUUGGCUUCGAGAUUUAAGCCUUCUGAGUUACAUCUCAGCUGGAGGAGUUAUUGCAUCUAUACUUGUUGUUGCAAGUUUGUUUUGGGUCGGUUUAAUCGAUCAAGUUGGGUUUCAGAACAAGGGAGAUUCGCUAAAUCUCACGGGCAUUCCAAUUGCUAUUGGCCUUUAUGGUUACUGUUAUUCCGGUCAUGCUGUUUACCCAAACAUCUACUCUUCUUUGGAGAAAAAAAAUCAGUUUCCUUUAGUGCUCUUCACAUGUUUCGUUAUUUGCACGGUGAUGUUUGCUGGAGUUGCAGUUAUAGGAUAUCUCAUGUUCGGCGAGACCACCCUAUCUCAAUUCACUCUCAACAUGCCUCAAGGUUUGGUGGCUUCCAAGCUUGCUGUAUGGACCACGGUCGUUAACCCGAUAACCAAAUAUGCAUUGACUCUGACUCCAAUGGCACUUAGUUUCGAAGAGCUGAUACCGGCAAACCACAUGAAGUCUCAUCUAUAUCCAAUCGCCGUUAGAUCGACCUUAGCAUUCUCUACAUUAUUCGUAGCUCUCUCCGUCCCUUUCUUCGGUUUGGUGAUGGCAUUCAUUGGUUCUUUACUUACCAUGUUUGUGACUUUGAUUCUACCUUGUGCUUGCUUUAUGAGCAUUGUAAAGGGUAAACUAACUUGGCUUGAGGGAAUAUUUUGCAUUUUCAUAAUCAUCGUCGGAGUUAUUUGCGCGGGAUUUGGUACAACUUCAGCUAUCUCCAAAAUCAUAGAAAGCUAUUAAAAUUGAGACAAGUGAAAUAGUCAAGGGCUAUUCAUGAUCUCAUUCUAAUGGAGCAAUUUUGGGUAUCUAAGUGAUUCAUUUACAUGUUUUGUUGUAUUGUGAGAAUAUUUCAAUUUCUUGUAAUUUUGUGUUUCUUUGUUUCAUUAAAAUGUCGUAAUCAUUGUCGUUGUUAUAUGAACGUUGUGGAAAAUCAGAUGAAAAUAAAAUUAGAGGUCAUAAUUUUGUGUGAGUUUACAAAAAUAAAAUGAAAAAUAAGAAUUUAUUACA